UCCUUCCUUCCCCACUCUAAAGAGAAUAUUAUUCGCUUGCCUGCAUACUUGAUGUGACAGAGCAGGUCAGAGCGUGCUGGAGUGAGUGAGAGAGAGAGAGAGAGAGAGAGAGGGAGAGAGGGAGAGAGAGAGAGAGGGAGGGAGAGAGAGACGGAGAGAGAGAAGGGGGAGGAGAGGCUGGAUUGGGAACGCGCAGUGGAUCUAUCAUCGUUUCUCUCCGUUUCUGGUGGUCUUCACCCUCUCCCUGAUCAGACUGAUUGUGGGAGGCAACGGCUGCGAAGUUAUUUUGAACUUUUGCUCUCCUAGUUGUAGUGAGUGUGUGUGUGUCUGAGAGAGAGAGAGAGAGGGGAGAGAGAGAGAGAGGAGAAGAGAGAGAGAGAGAGGAGAAGGGAGGGAGUCAACUAGACCCGAGGAUGAGUUCCAAAGAAGAGGCAAAGUCUUCCUCGGCUACCUUGCACUCCUCACUAGACGAGCGGAGAAGAAGCCCGCUGGACCAGCUGCCGCCCCCGGCCAACUCUAACAAACCACUGACUCCUUUCAGCAUCGAGGACAUUCUCAACAAACCCUCGGUGCGGAGAGGGUUCGCUCUGUGCGGAACUAACCACCUCCUGUCAGCGGCCGACAAGCACACGCCUUCGGCCCUUGCUCUGGCUAGCCGACCCGGGGUCCUGUCGCAGACCUCGCCUUUGUGCGCCUUGGAGGAACUCGCCAGCAAAACUUUUAAAGGACUGGAGGUCAGCGUCCUACAAGCGGCGGAGGGGUCUGUUUUAACAGGCAGGGACGGCCUCACCAUCUUCGGCCAAAGACCGACCCCCAAGAAGCGCAGAAAGUCGCGAACCGCUUUCACCAAUCACCAGAUCUACGAGCUGGAAAAGCGUUUUCUGUACCAGAAGUACCUGUCGCCGGCCGACCGCGAUCAGAUUGCCCAGCAGCUCGGCCUGACCAAUGCCCAGGUCAUCACUUGGUUCCAGAACCGCCGCGCCAAACUCAAGCGGGAUCUGGAGGAGAUGAAGGCCGACGUGGAGUCGGCCAAGAGACUGGGGCCCAGGCAGCUGGAAAAAAUAGUAGAACUGACGGAAUUGGAUCAGAGCGCGGCGGAGAUCGGCAGUAAAUCCAGAUCUCAGAGUCACAGCCCGAUGAAAAGUGCCCGCGCGGAUACCCAUGCACUGGCAAUGGGUCACCCGACCCGCAAAGACUACUCAGAGGAGGACGAAGAGGAGGAGGAGGAGAUUGAAGUCGAUGACUGAUUCCCUUUUUGUGUUUUGCCUUUCUCCCCCCGGUCCCUGUUCCAUUUUAUAUAUAAAACACAAAAUAUAUUGCAAAAAAAAACGAGAGCUUCCGCGCCGACCUUUCUACGAUGCAGCUUCCAGCAUGUUACAGAAAUCAUCCGAGUUCUUUCUUUAAUUCUGUAGUUAGAAACGGGCUCAACCCGAGGCAGAAAUAUCCCAAAAAGAAAACGAAAAAAAAAGCAAUAAUCGGUGUUUAAGAUUCGCCAGAGCCGCAGAGAAUCUGGCCCAGCUAUUUAAUAAUUUCGAUUUCUAUAUAUUGUAUAUAUAUAAAAGAAAAAAAAAACCUUUAUGGAUUAGGAGUGGCUGAUUAUCUGGUUUGGAAGGCGGUUCUCGGUUAGAGCGAGAGGAUUCAUGUGGCUUUACAUCGGUUAGAAGAUCUCGGAUAUGUGAUAAUGUUCCGCCUUCCUUGAAUUCUUCAGUAUAGCGGCAGGGAUAUGUCAGGGUUAAUUCUGCAUCCACCGCAUGUGUUGGGUCUGCACGACACAUUUAUUUUUUAAAAAAAUAACAAAAUUACUGGACACACUUGUAACUUUCUAACUCUCUCUCCUUUUUGUCUAAUAUCAAGACGAUUUAUUAUACAACGCUAUCAGGAAAUCUGCCUCCUCGUA